GGUCGCGGCUGGCGGGCGCGGGCGGCGCCGGGGAGCGAGGCCGGCGGGACUACAGGCCCCAGGCGCCCCGGCCCGGCGCGGCCCGGCGGACCCGUUGCAUCAGCUGGCGGCGGGGAGUGUGGCCGGGCGAGGAUGCGGCUCUACCUGAGCGAGGGCAGCGCCCAGGGCCUCAAGGUGGUGGCGGCGGCCGGGGCCAGCGGGGUCCGCGUGCGGCUGGAGCGGGUUCCCCCGGACGGUCGCGUGGUCCCUUUCCUCACCCACCCACGGGUGCCAGCCCUGCACCUGGACAGCGGCACUUUCCUCUUCUCCCCAAAUGCCAUCUGUCAGUACUUCUUCCUCUUAGCUGGAAAGGAACCCAACGAUCUCACCAAUCAGUGGCUUGAAUGGGAAGCAACGGAGCUGCAGCCGGCCGUGUCCACAGCCCUGUAUUGCCACCUGGUGCAAGGAAAGAAAGGAGGAGAGGUUCUGGGGGCCAUCAGGAAAACGUUAACCUACAUUGAUCAAAGCUUGACCAGCAAGGCCACGCCUUACCUCACCGGGGAGGCAGAAUCGGUAGCCGACAUUGUCCUGUGGGCCACCCUGUUCCCUGUGUUGCGGGAUGAAUUCUGUCUGCCAGAUGAGCUGGAGGCUCUGAGGAGCUGGUUCCAGACCAUGAACCUCUCGGAGCCCUGCAGAAGCGCCGUGGCGUCCGUACUGACGCCCAAGGGAGCCCAGGAGUUCAAAGGGUAUCUGCAGAAACAGCCAGGGCCCAGCCUGCACUGGGAGAAGCCAGCAGCUAACGAGCCAGAGGAAGAGGAAUUGGCCGAGCGCUCGUUGUCGGAGGAAGAAAUCGCAGCUGCCGCGGAGGCCUGGGCCAGAGGCCCGGCAGCCCUGCCCGAACGCUGGCAACCGGCAAGCCCUGUGCUGCCCGUGGAGGGCAAAAGGAACAUCCUGAUCACCAGCGCCUUGCCCUACGUCAACAACGUGCCCCACCUGGGGAACAUCAUCGGCUGCGUCCUCAGCGCCGACGUCUUCGCCAGGUACUGCCGCCUGCGGAACUGGAACACGCUCUAUGUGUGUGGCACGGACGAGUACGGCACGGCCACGGAGACCAAGGCCCUGGAGGAGGGGCUGACGCCCCAGCAGAUCUGCGACAAGUACAACGCCAUCCACGCCCAGAUCUACCGCUGGUUCGACAUCUCCUUUGACUACUUCGGCCGGACCACCACAGCCCACCAGACCACAAUAGCCCAGGACAUCUUCCGGCGCCUGCUGGAGCGCGACAUGCUGCUGACGGACACCGUGGACCAGCUGCGGUGCGAGCGCUGCCAGCGCUUCUUGGCCGACCGCUUUGUGGAGGGCACCUGCCCCUUCUGCAACUACGAGGAGGCCCGGGGCGACCAGUGUGACAAGUGCGGGAAGCUCAUCAACGCGGUGGAGCUCAAGAAACCUCAGUGCAAAGUAUGCAAAGACUCCCCGGUGGUGAAGUCCUCGCAGCAUCUCUUCCUGGACCUGCCCAAGCUGGAGGGGCUCCUGGACAAGUGGCUGGAGCAGUCGUGGGCCACGGGCGACUGGACGGCCAACUCCCGCUUCAUUACCCGCUCCUGGAUCCGUGACGGCCUCAAGCCCCGCUGCAUCACCCGCGACCUGAAAUGGGGGACGCCCGUCCCCCUAGAUGGCUUCCGCGACAAGGUGUUCUACGUCUGGUUCGAUGCCCCGAUCGGCUACCUGUCCAUCACGGCCAACUACACAGACCAGUGGGAGAGGUGGUGGAAGAACCCGCAGCAGGUCCAGCUGUACAACUUCAUGGCCAAGGACAACGUCCCCUUCCACAGCGUCGUCUUCCCCUGCACGCUGCUCGGUGCCGAGGAUAACUACACGCUGGUCAACCACCUCAUCGCCACGGAGUACCUGAACUACGAGGACGGGAAGUUCUCCAAGAGCCGCGGCAUGGGGGUGUUUGGGGACAUGGCCCAGGACACGGGGAUCCCCGCCGACAUCUGGCGCUUCUACCUGCUCUUCCUGCGCCCCGAGGGGCAGGACAGCGCCUUCUCCUGGACCGACCUCAUGCUGAAGAACAACUCCGAGCUGCUCAACAACCUGGGCAACUUCGUCAACAGGGCCGGGAUGUUCGUCUGUAAGUUCUUCGGGGGGCGCGUCCCCCCCAUGGAGCUGGGCGCGGACGACAAGCGGCUGCUGGCUCAUGUCACCCUGGAGCUGCACCAGUACAACCAGCUGCUGGAGAAGGUCCGCCUGCCCAUGGUGCUGAUUCUGGCCAUUAAUUUUGCGGCUGGGAGCCAGGCUGAUACCCCCCAAAACACUGUGAUUGCUAGAGUCUGCGCCCCACUCUGACGGGGGGGUGUCCCGUUUUCCAGGACUCGGGCGGGCACAGUGACGGGCGUCGCCGUCAAUAUCGCCUCACUGAUCUCAGUCAUGCUGCAGCCGUACAUGCCCAGCAUCAGCGCCACCAUCCAGCGCCAGCUCUGUGUGCCACAGGCCUGCAACGUGCUGACCGACACCUUCCUCUGCCUCCUGCCCCCCGGGCACCAGAUCGGCACGGUGACGCCCCUGUUUCAGAAGCUGGAGAGCGAGCAGAUUGAAGCCCUGCGGAAGCGGUUUGGUGGAGGGCAGCCUGAAGACUCCACCUUGGAGCUGAAGGCACAUGCUGCCCGCAUGGCCUCGGCCGACAUGACACCCCCUGGGCCUGGGGGAGGCGCUGUGCUGGCAGGGGACCCCCAGAAGGUCAAGGAGCUGGCUGAGGAAGUGGCCAAACAGGCCGACCGCGUGCGCCAGCUGAAGGCCAGCAAGGCAGAGAAGGGGCAGAUCGACGCCGAGGUUGCCAAGCUGCUGGAGCUGAAGAAGCAGUUGGCGCUGGCUGAGGGGAAGACCCCCGAGCCCCCGGCCCCCAAGGGGAAGAAGAGGAAAUAGCUCCAGAGUGCCUCAGGGUUCUCCCCCUGCUGGGGGAUCUGCACCUGCCCCCUCCAGCCCCAGAAGAAAUACCUGUGAGCAGCCCAGGCUGUGGGGCCCGGCCCAGCUCAGCCUCCCCUUUCGGGCCCCUCCUGCAGCAACUGCGCCGAGUGCAAGGAGCCCCUGACCUGCCUCCCACCGUUCCCAGCCCACACAAGGACCCGCAGAGCUGCUCGGGCACACAGGGUGUAAUGGGGGAAGCGCUGACCGCGCAGGGGGACAUACAAUAAAGGGUUUGCUAGA